ACUUUCUGUCCCCUUUUGGCCACAGGCUCCCAUACUGUACGCUGCCUGCUCCCUCGGCUGGGCGCUCGGCCGCCUGUUCCAGGCAUGGCGUCGCCUGCAUGCAACCACUCUAUCGCCCGCUGCAGGCUCUCCGCUCGGUGCCCGCCCCGUUCACAGCCUUUGCAUGAGAGCUGCUGUGGUGGCUGCUAUAAAGGUUGCCUGUUCCCAGCCUUCUUUCUUUCAAUUCGCUGUCCUCCUUCCAUCGCCAUCACCAAGGUCUCUGCACGAUAGGUAGGCAUCGAGAAACAUCAUCUCGUACCAUUGGAUUUCGACCUCGUUCAUUUCCCACCAUCAGCUUUUGCAAUUUUGCGCUUCCACCACACCUGUUCAGCAAUUUGCAAUACAGUCACGCCAACCCCGAUCCA